CUCUUCUCUUCUCCCCUCUUCUCUUCUCCCCUCUUCUCUUCUCCCCUCUUCCUCCCCCUCUUUCCUCCCCACACAAUGGCCGCCGCCGCCGACGACAGCGCAACGCCCCUCCCCAGCACCACCACCACCCACGAACCACCCAGUCUGCCCACUUCGCCGCAUGCAAAACCCCCGCACGCCCGCGCACCAACCCGCGGCUCCCCGCACGCCGCAGGCCACGACCUCUACAGCGCCCGCACGACCACCAUCCCGCCCUGGAGCCGCGCGCUCAUCGCCACGGACAUUGCCAUCAGCGUGCCGGCAGGCACGUAUGGGCGGGUAGCGCCGCGGUCCGGGCUGGCGGUCAAGCAUGGGAUUGAUACGUUGGCCGGGGUGAUUGAUGCUGAUUACCGGGGGCCGGUGGGGGUGGUGUUGGUUAAUUUGAGUGGGGAGGGGUUUGUGGUGAGGGUUGGGGAGAGGGUGGCGCAGUUGGUUGUUGAGAAGAUUGUUAUGCCUGAGGUUGUGGUUGUCGAGGCGCUUUCUGAGACGGUUAGGGGUGCGGGUGGGUUUGGGAGUACGGGGGGGUUUGCGGGUGAUGGGGCUGGGGUUGGGGCUGCUUAGAUGUGUUUACUGGGGAAAAAGGAGGAUGUAGGAUAUGGUGGUUUGGACGAGUGGUGGUCGGCGCAUAGGAUGGGAUGCGGAAAGAGAACGUUGGCUUCUGUCGC